AAAUCUCAGUUUUCAUCGUUCAGUUUGAGUUCACUUCCGCUUUGGUUAACGUGAACUUUGUGCAAAAAAAGUACAUCGUAUAGAAACGUGCGCCUUUUAGGCUGUAAUUUGGCAGCACUUAUCAUGCUGUUGGUUCUUGAAGAUUCGCACAAAGAGCACUUGUCCUUUCUCAGCCAAGUUGAUGUGGACGUUGUAAGGGAGUUCUGCAGAAUCAGUAUGGAAUUUAUAAGGAAAGGUGCCAACCCUAAAGUGUACCAAGGAGCUGCACAGAAACUUGGUGUCCAGGUUGAGACUGUGCAGCAUGGAGUUGAGGGGCUAAUGUUUCUACUCCUGGAAAGUUCAAAGCUGAUGCUGAGCGAAAUAGACUUUCAGGACUCCAUUAUAUCCCUGGGAUUCCCAGAAAAGUUGCAGUCUCUGCUACUUGAGCUAUAUCUCACAAAUAGACUUGAGAUCCGUGCAGUGCUGGCACACAUGUCUGUGGACCUGCCACAUUAUCACACUCUGGAGUGGCGUUUUGAUGUUCAGCUUGCCAGUCGUUGUUUGCGACACCAGCCAAGACCACAGAUACUUAUGAAGCUGCACCUGAAAGAUUCAGAUGAAACAAAGACCCAUCUACUGCAGACAGACCCUGUCAAUCUUGUUCACUUAACUCAAGUGCUGGAUGCUGCACUUCAGGAAAUCAAAUCGCCCUAUUGUCGGAGAAUCUGUCGCAACAUUAAGUAGUUUUAUCAAAUCGUGGAGCCCUUCUGUACAUCGUAUCAGCCUCAUCGUGUGAUUAUGCAAGAUGAGUGAGAUAAAUAUUCUAUACCUACUGACUAGUUGCAUAUAUGAUGAUUUUGUAUGUUUAAAUGUUGAUGUGUAUGGUUAUACAUGUACAUGACAAUGAGAACUUUACUAGGCAUUGCAAAUUCACAAAAAAUAUUUAUGUUGCAAAAUAAUUGAUAAUAAAUGAAAUUAAAAUAAA